UGUGUUAAUGAAGUAAUAAUAAUAAUAAAAAUAAAAUGAGAUAAAAUGACCUAUGAAUAGACAAAAUGUUGUGGGUGUUGUAUAAAUAAUCUUUAUCAUGAUCUUUAUGUGGAUCAAAGAGCAUCUAAAUAAUUUAUGUUUAAAGCAGAAAACGGGUUGAAAACUGGAAAAGGGAAGCAAUCAUAGAUACAUUUAUACUAGGAAACGUCUGGUUUGGGAUCUUAAAAUCCAAGAAAAGAAAAACCUUGCUAUGCUAUGUUGAUCAAUAGGCCUACCCAGAUUAUUAACUGAUUAUCAGAAACCCCCCCCCAAAAAAUAAAGACAAUUACAAUCUUAAUCCCUAAGAUUCUCUGGAAAUGUUCAACAUUUUUAUCUAAAAUAAUAAAACAAAACAAAAAACCUAAUGUUGCUUUUAAGCAUGAAUAUGGCUAUAUUUAGUGUAUUGUGCUUAACACAAAAAUAAAAAAUAAAGAUACAUUUCACAAAAACAAGCUACCAGCGCAUGCAGUCAAGACCUCCAAGGUUCUUCAUGUGGAAAACACAGUUUAUGUCACUGUAGGAACAAGGAGUGAGGUAAAACUUGUUUUAGUUGUUUUUCCACUCUUUCAGUGAGUUCACUCACCUACGUUCAGGCAUGUACUUUACCACAGCUAAAUAUAGCACACCUACCAUACGCCGUACGCCUCUAAAUGAAAGCAGAAAAUUAAUAACAACAUAAAAACAUAAGAAACUGAACUAACUUUUACAAACUAAAAAGGUUUUAAAGUCACCCAACAGAACGUGUUCUGUGUGACCACAUCUCUUUCCCCCGACGCCCCUCACCCUCUUUUAAGCUUAGGGAAAUCCCUCUCUUUCGUUUCCUGGCAGUUGCGAGAAAUGUAUUGCGACGUACAGUACUACGUCUGUUUUUACGCUGCAUAGCUCUAUUAGUGGGUUACGGGUACAUGAUCAGAUUCACGCCAGCGGUGUGGUUUUAUGUACCGCUAUUGAACGAAACCUGCUGCAUGGAGAUCUACUGUAUUUUUUAAGAUGUGCACCUGUUUCCUGAAGCGCUCCAUUCAUUAAAAGAUGGAUUUUGAAUUCUUCAUUGAAAGAUGGAUUUGGAGGUCACCAUGCUUUUGUCACAAACAAUAUCUUGAAAGUAACCGGCAGAACCACCUGCUGUGAAAAGCGCCUGGCUUUGUGAUCUAGGAUCUCAGCUACAAUGUUCUCCACGUGGAUUCUGCAUAUGGUUGGAUUCACUCUGCUGGUCAGAGGAGACAUCAGUGAUGAACAGUGUCCUCCUCAUGAAGUCACACCUGUGGAAGAAUCUGCAGUGAUGGAGUCCUUGCAGUGCCACAAUGACUACAUGACCUAUGUGCAGUGCACAUGGGAGGUCGAUCCACAUGUUCAUUCACAAGAUACAGAAAACAUGCCUAAAUUGUACUAUGGGGACUACGAUGACACAGUUUUAGAAGAAGAAACACCUUGCGUCUCAAAUAGAUCCAGUGUGCUUUUACCCAGUGGGAAGAUCUCUCACACGUGUCGCUAUAACACUGACAGGUUUGCUAUAGGAGCAGAUCACGUUCUCUACUUCAAAGUGCCCUGUGUACCCAAAGCCACCACUCUCAGAAUUGCAGACGAAGGAAAAGUUAGGGCCCCAAUUGACUUGACGGAGACGAUGACUGAUAACGGAGGUCGUCUGCUGUCCUGGAGAAGCCAGUAUCCUGCAUCCUCAAAAAUCACAGGAACUCUUGUGUACCAGCUUCAGUAUCGCAAAGACAUGGAUAACUGGACUAUUGUGGAUAACAUCAGUGCUUCCGAGUAUAUGAUUGACAAGGAGUCACUUUCGGGUUACCAUUAUCAAGCCAGAGUGAGGGCGCGAGGCCCUGUAGGACUCUGGAGUGACUGGAGCCCCCUGCUGUCCUGGAAGACUCACAAUGAUGGACCCUUUAACCUGAAGUGUGUGAUAAUGGAAGAAACAACGGUGACGUGUACCUGGCAAAUGAAGACAGAAUAUUAUCAGUUUAUGUCUUAUCAUCUCUGGUGCAGUGAUAAUGAUAACGCUGAACUCUCAGCUUGUUGCAAAGAUCCACAGCUUCAGUCGAGCGGCGCUGACCUUUCUGAGUUUGUGUGUUCUGUAAAUACCUCUGACCCUUCCCUGUUAACAGUGGAGCUGAGACCAGUGUACUACACUAGGACGUUCUAUACUGAAAAACACAUUAAACUUUCACAACCUGGCCCGAUCCAUGUAGAGGAAGUAGAUGGUGGUUUCAUACUGAACUGGACUGAACCAGCUGUGUCCGAAUAUAUUAAAUACUCCAUCCAGAUAAAAAUCUCACCCUUCAAGACCUCAGAAAGCGAGAUCCUUCCUAUGGGGCAAAACUAUUUGAAUAUUUCAUCUGAGUUUCUAGAUCCUUCAACUGAAUACCAGGCCCAGAUCAGAUUACUGCAUGUAACUGAUGGUGUUUAUGACGUUCAGCCAUCAGAAUGGUCCGAGCCAGCAGCGUUCAAAACUAACCCGGUUUCAUCGCCCAUCAGCUUUGUAAUCUACAUUUUGACUCCUGUGUUCGUGGCUAUGCUUUUCAUCAUCUUGUACAACACCCUUCCAGUCUUACACAGAAGAAUCACAUUGUGGAAGGGAUCAAUUCCAUCGCCCAUAAAGAGCAAAGUGCUGGAGGGGAUGGUGAAGAAGUCUCAGAGUGGAUGGCCAAAUCUCCAGAGCGAGAACGAGUCAACCUCCAUUUGUGUUCUACUGGCGGCAGACAACGUCAGUCUCUGCAAAAGCAGUGUCUCUUCGGAGCCGUGUUUGUCACACAGUGAGGAGGCUGUUAAAAUGGCACAGUCAGGUGGAUCAGACCACAUGCACGCCUAUGUGAGUGAAAGCAUGCGCAAGGAAAAAUCAGGCAUGAACUUCAGCGGACCUUAUAUUAUGUGCUGUGAGCAAUCCUGCACCCAGUUCAAAUUUCCUGACAGCUCUAUAGACAAAGAUCACACAUGUGCGUCGGGAAAGUCUGAGAAUUUUGCUCCUGUAAAUGGAGGCUACGUUAUUAAUCUUCCCACCACUAUGCCAGCAACUCAAAACCCGGUCACUGUUGACAGCCCGACCAAUAACCCUUCAGACGAACCCCCUGCGUACACCCCCGGCCCAGAUCAGGGGUGUAUGGUCCUCCCUCAUCCAUCCGGCUACUUCACAAUGCCAUGUGUCGUCACAGACUAAUCCGAGCCGAAAGGAUGCGUGAAGAUUGCACAUUCAGGAACGUAAUGACCAAGGACUCAAUGACUGUUAGUUUGGUACUUUUUAAAUGAAGAAAAAAAGAACAAAUAAUAAUAAAAAUAAUAAAAACCAUGAGGGGACCUACAGGCUCAAAGAAGGAAUAAGAGAUGGACGAUCAGAGCUAAGCACAAUCAGUGGAUCACAGUGAAUGUAGUUCAGAUCUUUGCUUUAUUUAAACUUUACGAGCAAUGGUCUAAAGACAGAUGAAUGUUUCGCAUGCUCAUAAUGAAAGGGGGUGAAAGAAUCAUUGGAGCUUCAAUAGGACUUUGAGUUGUACCGUGAAAGUCUCACCAACAGAUGGAAGUGUUGCUUUAAAUGAAUGUAUGAUAAGGCCAAAAAUUCUCAUUUCCUCAGUGCAAACUGUGGAAAGCAAACAAGGCAUUAGUCGAAAUGACUGUUUUUUUCCACAGUGUCUCACAUAUCCCGCUGCAUUGAAUGUAUUCUUCUCAAGUUUUUGCAGUUAAUUCAGCUUGACAGACACUGGCGGCCUCAUUCACUAACUGUGUACGCUGGCAUUUGUGUGAUUAGGAACGUUUUCACAAAUAAAUCACAUGCCAUCAGUAAGGUUAAAUAAAUGACUGUGUGAAGAAAUGGAAGGCAAUUUUAAACUGUAAUAGAAAACAAACAGACUGAUUCUAAAAAUGUUAGAAAUAUUUUGGGAAUGAACAAAUAAAAAUUUCUGAGAGGCCGCAUUUACUAUAUAUAGGCUGAUAUAAAAAUAGAAUGGUAAUAUUUGAUUCACACUAAUAACAUACUGCUCAAUCGCACGAUCUUAUGUAAAAUACACCGUAUGUUGAAUGAGAAGUACACUGACUUAGUGAAUGGGGCGCAUUUUUGUAUAUAAGUAGUGCUGUUUUUGGAUUUUUGCAAACUUUAUACUUUUUAAGACAUUUAAAAUGAAAGUUUUAAAAAAUAUAUAUCUCCUUAACUUGCAUCGUGUUAAAAUUGCGAAUGUUGUUAUGUGUCAUCUAAAACAUUAAAGCUAUUUAUGUGCUGAGCUAAAGGCAGUCUCAGGUUGAUCAUGAGCAUGCCCAACCUAACAAAAAAACAAAAAGGCUUUCUUCUAGCUGUCUCUGGUUUAAGAGAAAGUAUUAAAAGUGUUUAUUUUCUUGAGCUGUGAUUGUAAACGAUAUGUACUCAAGCACAUGGUAUUAAAGAUUUAGCUAAAGUU